AUGAAAUAUAUUGUCAUUUUAUUUGCCCUUAUUUCUUUUACUUUAGCAGCAGUUUUUCAACACAACAUUUAUAAAAUUGAAUCAAGACGCAAACGUCUUAUAAAAGCAGGAAAAUGGCAAGAGUAUUUGAAAUACAAAAAUUUUAUGAGACAUAGUGCUAAAGCAAAAAUUUUAGCUUCUGUUUCACAAAAUGUUAAUGAUUAUGAUGAUAUGGAAUAUCUAGGAAAUAUAACAAUUGGAACACCUGGACAGAUAUUUUUGGUUGUUCUUGAUACAGGAUCAUCAAAUCUUUGGAUUCCAGAUUUAACAUGUGGACGAGGAGGUUCUACAGACUGUGGAUCAUAUUGUUCUAAUGCUUUGCUUUGCCAAUUUCUUUGUGAUCCAGUUUGUUGCAAUAAAAAUAAAGAAGUUAAGUCAAACUGUGAUGGAAAACAUAAAUUUGAAUCUUCAAAAUCAUCAACUUAUGUUAAAAAUGGCAAAAGAUGGUCAAUCACUUAUGGAAGUGGAAAUGCAGAUGGAUUCUUAGGACAAGAUACAGUUACUUUUAUUGGUACGAGAGCUAGACUUACUAUUCCAAGAACAGUAUUUGGUCAAGCUGAACAUUUAUCUGAUGAUUUUAAGAAUGAUCCAGCUGAUGGUAUUCUUGGCCUUGCUUUUCCUUCGAUUUCAGUUGAUGGUGUUGUUCCACCUCUUUUUGUUGCCAAUAAACAAGGACUUCUUGAUAAACCUGUUUUUACAGUUUAUCUUAAACAUGAUGGAGCAGUUGUUGGACAACUAGGGGGAGUUUAUACAUAUGGAGGAAUUGAUACAAUUAAUUGUGGUCCAAUCAUUGCUUAUCAGCGAUUGACUUCUGCUACAUAUUGGGAAUUUAAAAUGGAUUCUAUUACAUUCGGAUCUGCUUCUUUUAGAAAUGGAUGGAAUGUUAUUUCAGAUACCGGUACAUCACUUUUGGCUGCUCCAACAACUAUAGCUGAUGCAAUUGCUAGUGCUGCAGGAGCUAUAUAUGCCAGUGAUUAUGGUGCUUACAUGUUAAACUGUUCAAUGACAAUUCCAGACUUAAAUUUAGUUAUUGGUUCUAAAACAUAUUCAAUCAAAGGUGAUAAACUUAUUGAUGACGUAGGAUUGGGUAAUGGCCAAUGUAUGUUUGGAAUGUUUGGUAUGGAUAUUGGUAUGGGACUUUCAUUUAUUCUUGGAGAUCCUUUCAUUGAAAGUUACUGUAAUAUUUAUGAUUUUGGAAAUCAAAGAAUUGGUUUUGCUUUACCAAAGUAA